CCAUUUCUUACCUGUUAUCAGAGUAGUCUUGACUGUACCCAUCUCGCUCCAUCUUCCCCUCCUCGUGCAUUCUCAAAGCUCAGAGCCAUGGCCUCCAUCAUCGCUGCAUCCUCCGUCGUGGCCCCUGCUGCUUUGAGCGCUGCCUCAUCGGCUGUGUCGACCUCCGAGUCGACCUCCGUCAAGGCCUUCUCUGGCCUCAAGAGCACUACCUUGUUCUCCAGCAAGGCCCAGACCUUGAGCUCUGUCCAGAAUGGCAGCCGUGUGCAGUGCAUGCAGGUGUGGAACCCCAUCGGGAUGACCAAGUUCGAGACCUUCUCCUAUUUGCCCCCAUUGUCUGACGACGCCAUCGCCAAGCAGGUGGAGUACAUGAUCCAGCAGAAGCUUAUCCCCUGCCUCGAGUUCGAUGUGAACGCCAACGGUGUGUCCCGUGCCAAUAACUCAUCCCCCGGAUACUACGAUGGUCGCUACUGGACCAUGUGGAAGCUGCCCAUGUUCGGAUGCCAGGACUCCGCCCAGGUGUUGAGGGAGAUUGAGGAGUGCAAGAAGACCUUCCCCGGCUGCUUCGUGCGCGUGUUAGGCUUUGACAACGUGAAGCAGGUGCAGAUCUGCGGCUUCUUGGUUGCCAGACCCAACUAAGCCAUUCGUCGACACUAAUCACGUAGGUGAUUUUAGGGCCUUGGGAUUCUCGUGUUUCCAUGUACCAUUCAAGCCAUUGGCUAUGGAAUAGAUUCUGUGUUUAAUAACAAAUUCUGCUGAGAUGGAUUCACCACAAA